AUGAGCGAAGCUGGCCCUUCUGAACAUUACCGAGACGCCAUCAACCAGCUGAAAGAGAUAUGUGCAAUCACUGAUGAGCUGGCCCUCAGCUUAUUGAGGAAUGCGAAUUGGAAUGUCGAUGCUGCUGUUAGAAACUUCUUUGAGGUAAGCAUUUCAUUAAUUUGGUAAUGAAAUUAUUUAAUGUUUAGGGAGGAAACGUACAAGACGAGGAAAGCGAUUAUUCAGAAGAGGAUGCACCGGACGCCAUUAAUGACAACGAUGCCCAAAACGAUAUUGUACAGAGCUCAAACAACCGACCUCAAAGCUUUUUUGGGUGGAUAACCAGUCUGAUCUCGAUACCCAUGAGGUUGAUUUUGUGGUCUCUGCGAGAUCUCAUUGGUUUCUUUUGUAAGUGCUCCAUUUUUAUAUAUUUUACGUUUUAGAUAAUGUAUUUGGCGGUCCACCAUUGUCUGUGGCGGAUCCGCGAGACGAAAUCCAAAAUUUUGUGACAGAAUUCCAGCGAAAGUAUGAUCCCGAUGGUACACUGCCAUGGUUAAACAUGCCUUACAGUAAUGUGAGCGAACUUUUAAACACUGAGUGAUUGUUGCUUUAGGCUGUUAGUGAAGCGCGUAGGCAGGUAAAGUAUUUGGUUGUAUACCUCCACAAUCCGUCCAGUCCAAGUGCCGAUAUAUUUGCCCGAGGUUAUCUUCUUUCCCCAAGAUUUAUCGAGUUCAUGGCCAGAAAUGAAUGCCUGAUUUGGGGAGCGUCCAUUCGCACAUCUGAAGGUUACAAAGUUUCUUACUCUGUCAGAGACCACAACACACCGUUUAUUUCUCUGUUCUGCUCUUAUGAUGGCCGCACCGCUUGCGUAAGUUUGUUCAAGAUGUUUUUAUCUGUGAUAGUGGUUUUUGUGGGAGAAUGUGUACGAGUCGUAUUCGUUUUUAUAUCAGCCUUGUUUAGUUGAUCCGACUCAGUGGUCAAUUCUCAUUGGACUCAAUGCUGGAAUCAUUGGAAGCCUGUGCCAAUCUUAACCGACAUCAUUUAGCUACUCAAGAGCGUGAAAAGUAAGAGAUUUUUGCAGAUUGGGUUCUGUAAUUCUGAUGAAAUGGGAUAUUAAUUGUUUUUAGACGUGAGCGUGAGUUCAACAACCAAUUGAGAAGAGAACAGGAAGAAGAAUAUAAAAGAUCCUUAGCCGCCGAUCGAGCCAAAGUCCAGGAAAGAAAACGUCUAGAAUCGGAGAGGAUUGAAGCUGAUAAGAGAGAGGAAGAGCUGAGAUUACAGGAAGAAAGGAAAAGACAGUUGUUGAUUGAGCGAAGACAACGAAUCAGAGAAAGUUUACCCGAAGAACCAUGUUCUGAUGUUGAUGUAGUCCGAGUUGCCGUUAAAUUCCCUGAGGGCUCGAAGUUGGAAAGGCGGUUUCGUAAAGACGAUAGCCUCGAGAUGUUAUUCAAUGUCGUGUCUAUCCAUGACACUUGUCCGCACGACUUUUCUUUGAUCAGCAGUUACCCCCGACAAGUUCUCAAAUGUGCGCCAUCUUGGUAUCGAGAAUAUACAGAAUGCUUUGAAGAGACGGAUCGGAUCCCCACAUUCAGGGAAGCAGGCUUAGAUGGCGGAGUUUUGGUCUUGGUCCGCGAUAAUGAAGCUUAG